UUAAGAAAAUAAAAACCAUAUGAGAUGAGACGCCUUUUAUACGGAGGACCUACUUCUUGAUGUACGUUUUCCUUUUACCAUAUAUAUAAAGGGUACGAUAAAACUUAUGAGGUGUUUAGGUUCGAGCUUGACUCGCAACGAAUCGGGUUCUUAGACUUUGUCCGGCUAUCUACUAGUUUGUCUCAUUCCGUUUAGGUUUCUUUGUUUAGUUUCGUUUUCGCAUUCCGCUACUUGUUUACUUUGUAACGUUUGUUUCAAAUUCGAAAACUGGUAUAAUAAUUUAACAUUUUACCAAAAAAAGAAAAAAAAACUUAUGAGGUGUUUAGGCUAAUUAAUCACGGGUAGGCAGAGGUAAUAAGCAGCUGGAGAAGCCAUCCACAACAGAAUAAUUGGGUAACAAAAGACGACGUAAUAAUUUGUGUAAUUGUCCGAUUUUGUAUGUCAAAAAAAAAAACAUAAUAUGUAGCGUCUACCGAGUGUGCAAAAAGAUAGAAUGAAAACCAUCAUUUUUAAUAUAAAAACGAAAAUAUCAUUCAACCAUUAGGAUAUAGAUUGGUUUGGAUUGAUUUACCAAUUUUGACACCCCUAUGGGUUAACCCUUAUAAUAUGUUUCUUGUCUCAUUUUGACACCUCUAUGUAUAUAGCUAAAAUGAGACAAAUGCCAUGAAUUGUCUGUCCGAUUAGUGGGUUGUAUUGUUAUUAAGACCAUGUCCAACGGUGGAUUUCACCCGGUCCAUAAGAAAAAUCCUUAAGCAUAAUUGUAAUUAAAUACUAUUAUUAGUGUUAAAUCGACGAAGGAUUGGUCCGUCGCAGCGGACUUAAGGAUUCAAUCCUUAGCCACGUGUCACGUGGUGAGUGGGUGGAAUUUGUCUUUGGUUUGUGUAGGGUCGAAAAAAAAAACAUUCUCGAGCCAAACCGAAAAAAAAAACUCCUCCUCGACAUAAGGCGAUUUCGAGACGAUUCUGCUCGAUCUCUCUUCCUCGGCUCGGGUAAGGUAAAUCAAAGCUUUAACUCGUAGAUUUAUGGAUUAUAGAUCACUCUCCAUCUUGUUUGUUCUCUAUUAAGGGUUUGGUUCUCGGAUUCCGACAGAUUUGAGAAAAUUUUCAAAUUAGGGUUUCAAAAAUAUUUGGGGCAAAAUCGAUUUAGGGAUUCUUUGGGGGUUUAGAUAGGGUUUCCAAACGUUUAUGGUUUGUAUCGGUCUCGGAUCUCCUCUCUGUGUGUUAUACGGAUUGAAACCGUAUCGGGUUUGUUUCUUAAUCGAUUGUCGUUUCUUAAUUAGCUGUUUUCUUCUUAAAAUUUGUUUCUUGUCGUUGGUUUGCUACCUUCUCCUUCAUGUGCUUUUGAUUAUUUAACAUUGUUUGUUGUUGUUCUUUAACAUACGUAAUUGAUUAACGUUGUUCUUACUCGUUAUUUGCUGUUGAUUUAAUUGGUCCUUAACUAAGUGUUUACUUGUUUUGGUUGCAGAUAAACGAUCAUGGGACGAUACAGUUACAGCCAGCCUUCUUCAUCCUCACACUCUCCAGACUUAACCUCCCUCCUUGAAGCCGAAUGUGAGAUGUACGCGGCUGAAGCUGAGAUUACUCGGUGGAAUGCAGAAGCCAGUGACUGGGAACCAUCAGCAGAGGGUGAUGAUGGCAUCCCAAGGACAUGCUACUGUGGUUCAGAGCCAGUUCACGGAUACUCCCAAACGCCAAAAGAUCCAUACCGACGUUACAUAACGUGCCCCAAUGCCGAUGAUAGAGACUGCCACGUCUGGAAAUGGUGGGACGUGGCGGUGGAGGAGGAGCUGAGAGAGUUUCAGAGGGAGCUUAAUGCGGUUAAGGGUGAAGCGAAUCAACGUGAGCAGAAGUUACUCCGUCUUGAGAAGCAAGUUUCCGAGUUCACAAAGAAGAAAUCAGGAGCUAAGCUAAUGGUCUUCAGCUUAGUGUUAGGGUUGGUGUUGCUUAUUGUGCUAGGAAUACUUGGAAAGGAUUCAAAGGAUUGGGGCGUACGUGCUUUGUUUCUUUAACGAGGUAAUUAUUUUAUUAGUAGUUGUAGUAAUUUAGUUUCGAAACCGGAAGGAAAAUUAAAUGUUUGUUAGGUUUUGAUUUGCUUGGAUAGAAAGUAGUUGUAGUUACUUAGAUUCGAAACCGGAAGGAAAGAAAGUGGUUGUAGUAAUUUAGGUUUGAUUUGAUGUGCUUUUAAUUAGUCGAGUAGUUAAUGAACUCAUUUGCUUUCCACCUUCUCAACUGCUCUGAUCUGAUUGCUAUUAAUCGAGUAGAAGGCUUACUUAAGCCCUCUGUGUCACUAGUAGAGUGUCACAGAGAAACAAUUAAAACAAUGGCUAAUGGAAAAUUUUUUAGUAAUCUUCUCUUUAGUCAAAUUCCAGUUGACCUUGAUUCACCAGAACCUUUUUGGUUCGGUAGUCAAGGUCCUGAUGACUCUCCUUUCAUGAGUGCUCCCGACGUUCCUGCUAAGUCUCCUGUGAGCUCUUCUCCGGACGUUCGGGCAAAGUCUGGUGUGAAUCCAAAUGCCUCAGGUCCUGAGAGGAGAAAAUGGACUCCCAGAGAGGAUAAAAUCCUUAUUGGUGCUUGGCUUAACACCAGUAAGGACCCUGUGAUGAGCAACGAGCAGAAGUCCACUUCUUUCUGGAAGCGUAUAGUAGAGUACUACAACGCAAGUCCUCUCCUCGCUGGGACAGUACCGAGAGAGACCACCCCUUGCAAGCAGAGGUGGUCUAGGAUUAACGGCGAUGUAUCCAAGUUCUGUGGCUCCUACGAUGCGGCUCUGAGGGAGCAAAGAAGUGGGCAAAACGAUGAUGAUGUGAUGAAAACCGCCUUGGACAUUUUCUUCAACACGGUCGGCUACAAGUUCGCCAUGGAUCACUGCUGGAGGGAGCUGAGAUACGACCAGAAAUGGUGCUCCCACUAUCCUGCUAAGGAUGCUGGAAAGGAGAAGCGCAAACAAGCUGUGGAGGUGGAUACAGAAGUGGCCCAAGGUGUCGAUCCAGAAGUUAGACCUCCCGGGGUUAAAGCGGCCAAAGCUAGUACCAAGAAGAAGAAGAGUGGCAGGGAGGAGGAGUUGUCGAGGCUACAUGGGGUUUUAGAAAUUAAAGAGAAACUGUCUAAACAAAAGCUUCUUGAUCGUUUACUAGCUAAGAAAGAACCUCUCUCAGAUAUGGAAAACAGUCUCAUGCUCAAACUAAUGUCCGAAAUGAUAUGAUCUAUUUUCAAUCUUGCUUUUGAGGUAGAACUGUUUGUGUACUGAUUGUUUUUUAAUGGUUAUGACACGGUACUAACUCUUGUCACUCUGUUUUGACAGGUUCGCAUGUGGGAAGGAGUCACGGGUCUUUAUCUGAUGGAGUAGGAAUCACGGGUGAUGGAGUAGGAUUCACGGGUGAUGGAGGAGGAAUCACGGGUGUAGUUGUAUGAGUCACGGGUCACUCUCUCUAGCAUAUGUAUUAUAAGUAGUAGUUGUAGUCUUUGUAGUGUAGUAUAAACUCUGUUUUUUUAGUAAUAUGACUAGUAUUUUAAAUAACAGCUCAAAAUUAAAGUUUUAUAAUAUUGUUAAUAUGAUAAAAAUUUGUUGAUGAAAGGUUCAAAAUUAAAGUUUUAUAAUAUUGUUAAUAUGAUAAAAAUUUGUUGAUGAAAGGUCCAAAAUUAAAGUUUUAUAAUAUUGUAAAUAUGAUGGAUUUUAUUUAAAAAAGUUCAAAAUUAAAGUUUUCUAUGAUUAGGACUUCUUAAAAUGUUAAAACUUUAAUUUAUAAUAACAUAUUAGGACUUCUUAAAAUGUCAACAUUAAUUUUGAACUUUAAUUUAUAAUAACAUAUUAGGACUUCUUAAAAUGUCAACAUCUUCAUCCGAUGGUCUAGACGAAAGAAUAGACGAACUUGUUGAUGAAAUAGUUGAAGAUUACUACAACGACAUAGUGGAGGACCAACCCGAUGAUGAGGCGAACCGUGCUUAUAUUGAACGAGACCGUGAAGGAGGAGAUGAUCAGUUAUGGAAUGACUACUUCAGUGAAGACCCGACAU